CAUAACAACUUUUUUUCUCAGUGUAUAGAAUAAAAUUUUCUUUUGGAAAUUCGGAAUUCUGCCCUGAGUUCUGACAACCCCCCGGUAGAGUUCUCCUUCUAUAAUCAAUUGAGAACUUUAGAACUCUUUAGGCAAAUGGAACUAUGCUUAUCUUUUUGAAAAGGUUUCAUAAAAGUGGAAUUAACUUUAUAAAAGUUUUCGAACGCAUCCCAGAGGAAGCUCAUUAUUACUAAGCGAUAGUCUUUUGCAGCGUGCUGCUCCUUAGCGCUGCUCCGUAACGCGUUUCGCUGUUUCUUGCAAACAGCGUGUUGGAGUAGACUGUUGUAUGUGUCUCGUGAAUUCCUUGUGCAUCACAGAUAUCAAUACAAAAGUUUAACUGUGAGUGGAGCAAUAAUUAUGGAGCAGUUCUCGGGAAAACGUAGCGGCAUGACCGCAUAUAUACAUAUAUAUAUAUAUAUACGAUAAUCAUGUAGAUACGUUUAUCAUGUAGAUAAACAGUGCAUAGGAAUCUUUCGAUUCUCGUCCCAAAGAAGUUUGGAGUGCUAUGCAAUUUUUAAACAAAAAUCAGAUGGCACGUACAAGCUGAGCUAACCACAUAAUCAUCCAUCGGAUGAUACUAUAUUGAAGCAGCUCCAAAUGAAACAAGAGAUGCUGCAAAUGUGUCGGGAGACAUUAAUAAAGCCAAAGGAAAUUUUUGACUCAGUAUGCCGAAAGUAGGCUAAUUGAAAUGCAAUAUUCUACAGCGGCUACGAAAAUAUCGUAUGCCUCUAUAAGAAGCUUUCUCAAUAGAGAGCAAUUAAAGAAAAGGCCAGAAAUACCGCAAAUCGUUGCCGAAUUUCAAUUGACGUUACUGAAUUAUGAACUGACACGUCACAUUUAUAAAGGAACGGUAGUGUCAAUUGAAGGAUACAGAGCCGUUAUUUUCACAAGACGCUCUGUUAAAUGUUUUAGCGGAAAGCAAGGAGAUAUACAUGGAUGGGACGUUUUCGGUAGUUCCCAGAGUAUCACUCUUCGCACAACUAUACACAAUUCAUAUGCGAUAUAUGGAUACGGGUAUAGCUGUCGCCUUUGUUAUGUGCAAAAAACGCACGAUGAGUGUGAACACUGAAAUUUGGAAAAAAUUGAAGGAACUGCGUUCACUAGAAACCCUGCCGCAAAUUUACUUUGAAACACUAUAGAAAUGUCUAUAGUUCUGAAUGUGUUUUUUGAAACAGGUAUUGCAUAUACGGAAUGGGGUUUUCCUUA